AUGAAGAUGAUGACUAACUGCAAUUCAAAUAUAGGCAAGGAAUAUGCAAAAGGAUCUCUGAGCUUGGCAUCCGAGAACAAGCAUCCCAUCGAAUUCACCUUUGAAGGCUUCCUCACACAUACAAGAAUAGGGUGUGACGCAUCAUCAUCUGCCAUGUUUGGUAACUGCCUUUGGCGGCACCAUCUUGGACGAGAGAUGGUAGCUCAAGAGGGAGAAAUACAAGACUUAAACAUUUGA